AUAAGAGAUGUCACACCUACUAGCCUGUGUGUAAAGCCAGCAGGAGGAAUAAUAUAAAUAACCCAACCCCAGGGCUCACUCACUCCCCGCUGCCCCCGGUUUCCUUUACUCCCCCAAACUCCCUUGGGCUUGGCUCUUCGCCCCUCUCCGCUUCCUCCUCCGCCGGAGAUCCCCGAAAGCAUAAGGCUCUCCAUUGCCUUCCCAUAGAUCUUUCCGCCAAACUAGGAGGACUUUCAUUCUUCUCUCAUCUCACAGUCUAAUCCACUUUUGGAUAAGUGGCAAAGAAUCCCUAUACUGAUCCGACCUAAGAACCAGGAGACUAAAAGGCCCAAAACUAAAAGCCAAUGAUUUGCGGAUCUCUUAAUUCUCUCUCCCAUCUGCACCCUCCCUAUUAAUAGUCCCGCAAACACAACAACAUCAACAGCAGACACCUCUAGGGAUCAUGGCUGCUGCUCACUAUGACGGCUUCUGCUGCUACUAGUUAGGAUUGAUGAGCGAGCACGCGAGCUCUCUCACACAGUCCGCUCCACUCUAAGCGAUCAGCAAAGAUUAAAAACCAAUCUUUCUUCAUGGACUGCUGGAGGGAGGCAGAAGGCAAACAAGUCCAUGACCCCUUGUUCUACCAAUACUACCGGCACAUCGCCGCCGGCGAUGCUUACUGCAUGACGACGAGGCCAGGUUCGACCGCCAAGGCCGAGAGGUGCGUGUGGGUUCCAGGGCCUAUCAUCGUCGGCGCCGGGCCUUCAGGGCUGGUGGUCGCCGCCUGCCUGAAAGAGAAGGGUGUCCCCAGCCUGAUCCUGGAGCGCGCCGACUGCAUCGCCUCCCUGUGGCAGCUCAAGACCUACGACCGCCUCCGCCUCCACCUCCCCAAGCAGUUCUGCGAGCUGCCGCUGAUGCCGUUCCCCAAGUGGUUCCCGACGUACCCCACCAAGCAGCAGUUCGUCGCCUACCUCGAGGACUACGCGAGGAGGUUCGACAUCCGGCCAGCGUUCAAUGAGACGGUGGUCAGCGCCGAGUACGACGCCGUGCUGGGGUUUUGGAGGGUCAGGACGACGGCGACCACCAGCAAGGAGGAGAGGACGGAGUACGUGUGCCAGUGGCUGGUGGUUGCCACCGGGGAGAAUGCGGAAGCCGUCCUGCCGGAGAUUGACGGCUUGCGGGAGUUUAAAGGGACCAUCAUGCAUACAAGCAUCUACAAAAGCGGCGACGUGUUCCGAGGGAAGAGGGUGCUCGUCGUCGGGUGCGGCAACUCGGGGAUGGAGGUCUGCUUGGACCUCUGCAAUCACAAUGUCUAUCCUUCCCUCGUCGUAAGAGAUACGGUGCACGUUCUGCCUCGAGAUAUUCUUGGAAGCUCCACUUUCGGGCUGUCCAUGUGGCUGCUCAAGUGGUUCCCCGUACAAAUGGUGGAUCGCCUGCUGCUUCUGGCCGCCCGCCUUAUGCUCGGCGACACAGCCAGGUUCGGCCUCGAGCGGCCUCAGAUUGGACCCCUCGAGCUCAAGUCGCUCUCCGGCAAGACUCCGGUCCUCGAUGUCGGCACUCUCGCCAAGAUCAAAUCUGGAGACAUCAAGGUGUGCUCUGCAAUAAAGAGAUUCACAGGACAUGGAGUGGAAUUCGUAGACGGGAAAUCGUCGGAAUUUGACGCUGUCGUCUUAGCCACUGGCUACAAAAGCAAUGUAGCAUCCUGGCUGAAGGAGAGGGAGUUCUUCUCGGAGAAAGAUGGGCUGCCGAGGAGCCCCUUUCCCAAUGGAUGGAAAGGGGAGCGUGGGCUGUAUUCUGUGGGGUUCACAAAACGUGGAAUUCUUGGGGCGUCAAUGGACGCAACGAGGAUUGCUCAAGACAUCGAACAGUGCUGGAGACCGGAGGCCAAGCAGCUCCUGGCUUUCCAUUGCCCCUCAGAACAAAAAUGAUAACAAGAGACUCUUGAUAGAUUGGAGGAGAGAACACUGGCCAUUUCCCUUUCUCUCCAUCAGAUGACCAGGAAGGCAAAUUAAUGAUAUUGUUAUCUCCGAUAAUGAGAUACAUAACCUAGCUACAGAAUGAAAAGGGAGGAGGUUUUGGCUUUACUGGUAAUUUGUAUAUCCUGUAUAUUGCCAUUUUCCUAAUUGGAUUGACUGACGUGUAGAGAGAGAGAGAAAGGUAGGACGGGGGUGCUUGUUGCUGGGGUUUGACAGUAUCUAUCAAAGUUGAUUGGAUUUCAAUUUUGUUCGUUUCCCAAGUGUCAUGUAGUGUGGGGUGAGGGUCAGGAGCAGAUAGGUUUGAUCUCUAUUUUGUUUUCAUGUUCGCAUUCCUCAUUGGAAGUGUCAUGUGACGCAGUUUCUCGAAUUGACUACAGUUUAACUUAUUGACGAGACACUGACCA